AUGGAUUCUUCGAAGCAGCCCGUCAAGUUGGUCAAGGUCACCCGCGUCCUCGGCCGCACCGGUUCGCGUGGUGGUGUCACCCAGGUCCGCGUCGAGUUCAUGGACGACCAGACCCGCAGCAUCAUCCGCAACGUCAAGGGCCCUGUCCGCGAGGACGACAUCCUGUGCCUGCUCGAGUCUGAGCGUGAGGCUCGCCGCCUGAGAUAG